AUGGGCUCUCCGAUAUCUGGAUCGAUCAGCUUUUCAGAUCCUUACGAUGAGUCUGAGCUCGGGGUCUUGGCUCCGGCUCUUUUAACUUAUGUCUCACCGCCUUCUUUGGAGUGGCGAAAAGAUUACCAGCUCUCUUCCUCCGUCGUCCUUCGCGUCCCUUCUUCGUCUGAGCGUGGGACUCAUCCGGCCCGUACGGGCGGAGAAGCCAAUGUUCUCAGGGCCCGUGCCCUUCCUCUUGCGCAGCGUCAGGUGGCCUAUCUCCUAAGUCCCGCCGUGUUGGGUCGUAUCAGGCUUUGGGACGGCAUGGUUAAAGAGCAUCCUAUGGAGAUCUUAACAGGGAAAAUGAGACUAUUUCGGCGCGGAAGGGUGUUGCUACCUCAGUCGCUUCGGGGGACGACGUUAUGA